CACAGAGCAGCUGGGACCCAAGCAAACUUUGACAUCUCAUAGACUAAUUAAUAUUUAAAACAACCCUGCCAUCCACAUUUCCUACAUUUCUUCAGACCACUGUAUCUUUUCCUAAAAAUGGUGAAUGAAAACAGUACCACUGUCACCGAGUUCAUUCUCCAGGGCAUCUCAAAUGAUCCAGGUAUGAAAGUCUUAUUCUUUGUGGUAUUCCUGAUCAUCUAUCUGGUCAAUGUUGUAGGAAACGUGGGCAUGAUCAUCUUGAUCUCACUUGAUUCCCACCUUCACAAUCCUAUGUACUUCUUCCUCUGGCACCUGUCCUUCUGUGACAUCUGCUACUCAUCUGCCAUUGCUCCCAGAAUGCUGUCUGACUUGAUAUCUGAGAGCAGGACCAUCUCCUUCCCUGAAUGUACUGCCCAGUUCUACUUCUUUGCUGCCUUUGUGAGUGCCGAGUGCUACAUUUUAGCAGUGAUGGCCUAUGACCGCUUUGUGGCCAUCUGCAACCCAUUGCUCUAUUCCACUGCCAUGUCCAAGUCCCUCUGCAUCCGGCUCCUACUUGGAUCAUACAUUGCUGGCACAACUAAUGCCAUAAUGCACACAACAGCCACCUUCAGCCUCCAGUUCUGCAGUUCCAACCUCAUCAACCAUUUCUUCUGUGAUGUUCCUCCACUGCUAGCAAUCGCUUGUUCUGACACCCACAUUAAUGAGAUUUUGCUUUUUGUAUUUGCUGGCUUUGUUGAGAUGAGCUCCCUCUCAAUCAUCCUUCUCUCUUACAUCUUCAUUUUAGCAGCUGUCCUGAGAAUGCCCUCGGGGAGGCUCAAAGCCUUCUCCACCUGUGGGUCCCACUUCACAGGGGUAACUUUAUUUUAUGGGACUGUGAUUUUCAUGUAUCUCCGGCCCACUUCUGUCUAUGCCUUGGAUCAAGACAAAUGGGCUUCUGUGUUCUACACAGUAGUGAUCCCCAUGCUCAAUCCUCUGAUCUACAGCCUGAGGAACAAAGAUGUUAAGAAAGCUUUCAGAAAACUCAUUAACCAGAAGCUGAAUUCUGUCUUAAACUAA